AUGGUGAAAACAAUAAUGUCGCCGAUUGCAAGGGCUAAAACAAUGGGGGACUACGAAAUUGUCAGAGUCGCCAAUACAACAUAUGAAGACUCAGAGAUUGAGGAGAUGAAGAGGAUGUACCAUUUGCAGAAUAGCAUGCUUGCUAGGAAAAACGAAGAGCUGAUGGGAAAAGUGGGGAGGCUGGAGAGGGAGUUGUUUGAUGCACAAAGGCAGAUACUAAAGCUGCGGAAUGAGAAGAUCUCCAUGCAGGAUAAGCUUGAGUUGAAUUCGAGGAGGUUCCACGAUUUGAUUGUGGAUCAGUAUGCGAUGCUGAUGCGUGAAUAUCGUGGCUUUAUGUGUGAUGUUGGCGUGAAUUUAGGGAGAGGCACAGCAGCUGGAUUAAUUUUUGACAAGGUCAACGAAGAAGGGGUCAAGAAUGAAGAGAGUUUUGAGUUCAACCACUACUGGAGCAAAGUCAAUGAAGACUUGGCGAGAAGAAAGAGCAUAAUAUCGAAGCGAUGCAUAGAGAGUACCCAGGUAGCAGAUAGUGACGUGCUGGAUACACUUGUGGAAGCACCGGAGGAGAAUAACAACGAAGUACAGGUACAAGAAGAACAGGUAGGAAGUCUUGGAGAGAAGGAAGAUGUCUACGAAGAUCAUGACUCUACGCUUAUCCCUGCGAAGCGUGAUGGCAAGAGAAUGGACAGAUUAGAGAAAGAAAUUGAUGAUGUGCCGUUGCUACAGAUAGAGAAUGCAAUGCAGGAAAGUACGCCUGAAGAGGAACAUAUUCCCCAGGUUGGAGGGGACGAUUUGGAGCUUCCUUGUGUAGGACGAAACGCCAUGAACAUAGACGAUAUUGCCGACAUGGAGAUCAAAGAAGGGAAGGAACCCAGGAAAAAGUAUAUCACGAAAAGAGAGCGUCAGCAAAGACGGACGUCUAUUCCUCGAGAGUUGAAGAAUUUGGAUACAGAGAAAACCAAGCGGUGGAUAGGGAUGGACCUUGAUGAGGAAGUUCAGGGCGAUAGUAUUGGAGAGCGUCGAAAGAGCCGAAGACGGAGUUUGGUGGUGGACUACCACCUUACGUCAAGAAGGAAAGGCGCAAGGGCCAGUGUUGAUGUCGACCAAGAGAAUCGGAUCACCAAGGGCAAGCGAGUCAACAGGAAGCCGUUACGAGACGUCACCAAUCUUGGCAAUGGUAACAGCAGCUACAAGGGGAAUGGUUCUUCCAUUUUCGAUCUCGAGGAGAUGGAUCUCUUUGCAGAGUAUGUAUAG